GCUAUCCGCUGCCGUUCUGGAUAGUGCUGUUCCCAGAGGGCACACGAUACACCGAGAAGAAACACGCAGAGAGCCAAAAGUUCUGUGAAGAGAAGGGACUGCCGCUCUUCAAUCACUUGCUGCAUCCCCGACCGAAGGUGAGGACCUUGGUAUUCUUAUGA